GAACUUUUUGAUGGGUCAGACAAACGUUGGCAUUAUGGUCAUGGAGAAUGUUGGGAGGAAAUUGAAGAAAGACAAGAAAAAGAGAAAGGCUGAAACAGGGGAGGAACCUAUCAAUCCUAUGGAGAGAAAGAAAAUAAAAAGAGUUUUAGACAAAGAGAGGCUCAGAGCCAAGUCCGAGAAAAGAGCGGAGGCUUGGCAUAAACAAAAGUUGGCUUCUCUUGACUCGAGAAGUAAUGAGAGGACGGAGAUUUCUCCUACUACUACUAGUGGGUUGCCUGAGCUCGACAUUCGUCUAUUUACAGACCUUGCAGCUGCUGAGGUGUCUAUUAGAGAAGCAGCUGCUCAGGCUUUAGUUGUUAAGUUGCUUGAAAUUCAGAAGGCUUAUGAUAAUCUGGAGAACAAGGAAGUGGUUGAUGGUCAGCUCAAAUUGGAAGCUGAAAAGAAGGAUGAUGGGUUGAAUAACUGUGCCCCUUCUUUGAGAUAUGCAGUUCGGAGGCUCAUUCGUGGCCUUUCUUCAUCAAGAGAGUGUGCAAGGCAAGGAUUUGCAUUAGGCAUGACAGUAUUGGUUGGUGCAGUUCCAUGCAUAAAACUGGAUGCACUGUUGAAACUAAUUAUCUCUUCUUCCAUGAAGGAGGACGACUUUGGACCCUUGUUUGCUUAUGGAGCUAUUGCAAAAUCAGGGAGAUUAACUUUAGAGUGGAUUGCUGAUAAAAACACUCCUUAUAUUAAAGAAUUUAUUGGUUCUCUUGUCUCGAUGGCAGCAGAAAAGCGUUACUUUCAAGAGCCUGCUGUCUCAAUUAUUUUGGAGUUGGUUGACAAGUUGCCUGUUGAAGCUUUGCUGAAUCAUAUACUUGAAGCUCCUGGACUUAAAGAGUGGUUUGAAGGUGCACCAGAAGUUGGAAAUCCUGAUGCUUUACUUCUUGCCCUUGCUAUACGUGAGAAAGCUGGUGUCGAUGACAAAGAGUUUGGCAAGCUUCUGCCUUUUCCUUAUAGCCCCAGCAGGCUUUUCACUGUUGAACAUCUGUCCUUGCUUUCCAAAUGCUUGAAGGAGUCCAAUUUCUGCCAUCCACGAACUCAUAGUGUAUGGUAUUCAUUGGUAAAUAUUCUCUUACCUGAAAAUGUUGUGAAAGGGUUUGAUCCCUCAGUAGCUUUAAGUUUCAUGAAAAAGCACAAAAAACCCCGCAAGGGUAGCUCAGCAGAAGAAGAUAUUCAGAAGAAUCUUAAAAACUUCUGUGAAGUUGGCAUUGAAGGAUCACUAAUUCUUUCAUCAUCUCAUGAUUGUAAGAACUUGGCACUCAAUGUGCUGCUGCGUCUCCUUCCAAAACUGCCCGCUUCCUGCAUCUGCAACAUCCUCUCUUACAAAGUUGUACGUUGCUUAAUGGAUGUACUUUCCAGAAAAGACCCUAAUCUAUUCAAAUCCUGUCAAUAUUUUAUGAGAGAAUUAUGUGAGUGGGUCAAGCAUGACGAUGUUAGAAGAGUAGCAGUUAUUAUGGCUUUACAGAAACAUAGUAACGGGAAAUUUGAUUGCAUCACCAGGACAAAAACAGUAAAAGAGUUGUUGGCUGAGUUUAAAACUGAGUCUGGAUGCGUGCUUCUCAUACAGAACUUGGUUGACACGUUCCUGGAUAAAGGUCAUGCUUCAGAGGAGCCUUUAGAUCAGAGUCAAACAACAGAUGACAACUCAAAAAUUGGUUCCACAGAAUAUAAAGAUUCUUUUAGAGCGCCAGGAACCUCAGAUUUUUCUAAAGGCUGGGUUUUAAAGUCACUUUCCAAUAGCUGGAAGCAUCUACCUCUGGAUGCAAAUGCAAGGUUCAGAGUGCAUAGAGAAAUUCUAAAAUUUCUGGCUGUUCAGGGUUUAUUCUCUUCAACUCUUGGAAGUGAGGUGACAUCUUUUGAAUUGGAGGAGAAGUUUAGGUGGCCAAAGUCUUCCAUUUCAAGUGCUCUUUGUAGGAUGUGCAUUGAGCAGCUUCAGUUACUUCUAUCACAUGCUCAAAAAGGCGAAGGACCUCAUGUUGUGGCAAGUGGUCCUGAAGCUAAUGAUCUUGGAGCUUAUUUCAUGCGAUUUCUUGCUACAUUGCAAAAUAUUCCUUCUGUUUCGCUGUUCAGGUCCUUGAGCGAUGAUGACGAAGAAGCAUUAAAAAAAUUGCAGUCUGUGGAGUCUCAGCUCUCAAGACAGGAAAGAAACUUGGGCCCAAGUAUUGACGCAAAUAAGUUUCAUUCCAUGAGGUAUCUUCUAAUGCAAUUGUUGCUUCAAGUUCUACUUCGGCCUGAAGAAUUUUCUGAAGCCGCCUCGGAAUUGGUUAUUUGCUGUUCAAAGGCUUUUCGAUCUUCUGAUCUUGCUUCCUCUGGAGAAGAUGAAGCAGAUGGAGAUGGCACACAUGAAUUGAUGGAUGUCCUAGUGGACACCAUGCUUUCAUUGCUGCCACAGUCAUCAGCUGCAAUGCGGACUGCUAUUGAGAAGGUUUUCAAAUGCUUUUUCCAUGAUGUCACGGAUGAUGGGUUACUUCGGAUGUUGUGUGUUAUAAAGAAAAAUCUCAAACCAGCCAGACGCCAAGAAACAGACAAUGAGAAGGAUGACGACGAUGACAAUGUUCUUGGCAUUGAAGAAGCAGAGGAUUCGGAUGAAACAGCGAGGAAUGAUGGACAGGCAGACUCAGGGACAUUAGUUGAUAUCGAGGCAGAAGGCGCAGAACUUCUUGAGGCUUCUGAUGAUGAUUUUGAUGAGGGAAUGGAUGAUGAUGCAAUGUUCCGCAUGGACACAUAUCUUGCUAAAUGUAUAAAGGGAAGGACGAACCAGGCUGGUGGUGAAACUGCUGAUUCACAGCUUGUCCACUUCAAGUAUCGUGUCCUCUCUUUGCUGGAGAUUUACCUAAAUGAAAAUCCAGGCAAGUUUUCUUGA